AAAGGGCUUAUAACUUCCCCUUUUGUUUCCCCCUUCACCUACCUCCAUUUUGUUCCCAUUGUAAGUCACGUGUCACCCGUCAAAGCCCGCCUAAAAUUUCUUAGAUCUAGAGUUUCUACGAUGGAUGUCGGAAGUGGUAGAAAGGUUGGUGAAAUCUUUACAGCCGCAGGAGCAGCGUUCAAUAAACUUGGUGAGUUGACUAUGCAACUGCAUCCAACGGCAGAUUCUCCAGCAGGAAAAUGGACUGACGAGGAAAUUGAGAUGCUCCGACACUCGGUUAAGACAUUCAGUGAAGAUUUAAAUAAAAUAAGUGAGCACAUCAAAGGACGAACGGUAUCACAAAUCAGAACAACGUUGAAAAAAAAAACGUUUGAAGAAGCUGGAGUACCAAUUCGACAACAAUCAGUUCAACAAACUGCAGUACAAGUUCAAAAACAACCAGUUGCCGCUAAUCAAACAAUGAUGAAUAAAUCGGCAGAAGUGACUUUAAAUAUGUUAAAUGCUCCAGAAUCGGAGGUUGAUGUAGAAGGUCUUCCUGAGGAAUGUCAAGUAAAAUUAGAGUUUGAAGGUGCAACAGAAGAAGUAGCUUCAUAACUUUUAUAUUUAGUUAAUUAUAAAAAAUAUUUUUGUAUUAAAAGGGAUAAAAUUUUUGAGCAUAAAUUAUUUAUUGUAAGAUUGAUAAGAAUAAGAAUUGUAGUAUAGACAACUAAUGUAGCUUACUUUUUUUUUGUUUUUCAAUGAAUAUUCUUCAAAAAAAUCGAUAGCGUAAGGUAUUUUUAUCAUAUC